CACCCCCUUUCCUUCGUCCCUACCCCCUUUCCUUCGUCCCACCCUCCAUUUUUUCAUACAUUUUCUUCUUCCACAGCUACUUCUGCUGCUCUUGUACUGUCAGGGCACCCUUUUUUUAUAUAUACCAACCGGGGUCCCAUCAGUCUUUAUGGAGGACGACUAUAAUAACAGUGUGCGAUGGUUACUGCAUGAUAUCGACGAUCCAAAUGACAGGAGAGCAAUAAGUUUCGACAUCCUAAAAAUCCUCAAACAAGCUCUAGCUCUCAAAAUAUUGACAGGACUGCCAACCAUUCUUAGCUCUCCGCAUCGUUUACUUCUUGACGCUGGGUUGGGUCGGACUGACGGUUUGGCAAAGGGAAUGACGAUUGGAGAUCCUGCUUCACUUUUGGCGGCAAAAGCUCUGUUUCAGUCUGAUUUCAACUCCAAUUUCUCUACUUUACUGGACGAUCAAGUCAAAGAUUUGCUAUCUAUGGGUUUGCCGCCACCAUCAUGCAGGGAAUGGUUUUGGGAACACGAAGUACCUCUCAUAUUACUACCUCUCUUUCACAACACAAAGUUGUUCAGGACGUUAUUUGCAACAUACACAUCGGAUGUCGAACAGAUGGUCAAUGACCAGUCUCAUAUUGUGGGGUUGGGUAAUAUAUAUAACUGGAACAAUGAUCAGGGUAUUAGUCUUCAAACAUUUAUGAAUGCACAUUACUGGAACAACUCAUGUCUCUCAACUGGCCAAACCGUGGGUCCAUUCUAUUAUUUCCGUUCAAGUAGUUUAACAACUACCAAGAAAGAAGGCCCCGAUUUGGUGUUUGUUAUUCAAAUUGGUGAACAAAAGUAUCCAGUAUUUGUAAGAUUCAUACUGUUCAAGCAGCUGGAUGGACAGCAGGCUAUCGACAAAGUAUUUCGAUCAGUUCAUCACUCAACAAGCGAGCUGAUUGGAGACUCACUUCCUGAUUUAGCAAAAUAUUGCUUUGCGGGAGGGCAAUACAUCAGCCUGAUUGUAUCAUACCCAUCCAAUAUCACCACCCCAUUGUCAUCGUCGCCGUGGUUGCAACGUUCACUGGGUGGAUUGACUCAAAACCUAAUAGUAAUCAACCGUUACAACGCACAACACAUCCUCACAACAACACAAAUGAGCCUGCUAGAUAGUGUGGCUCCCAUGAAACGAUCACGAGAUAUGGAUUCUGCAGUAGCUGAAGAAGAUGUCAGAAUAUCCAGAAAUGAUUCAAGGUGUGGACAUCGAAUAAUGGAUAAGAAGCAGAGAGCAAGAUAGGAGACAAAAUUGCAAAAGAACAAGAACACAGAACAUACCACAUUUACUAUUUGCUUUUACUUAUAUUUCUUAUAUUUCUGUAUUUGCUUAUUUGCAGUAAAGAAGAGGCAGUCACAGCACGUGAAAUUGUUAUUUUAUCUAUCAAAUCCAAGCAGUCAUUCCAUC